CCAAAAAUCUAAAUUAUACAGUAUUAUAUGCAUUGUUGUACUAAUAAGAGAAGACAAAAAGUCAAAAUCACACUCAAAUGGUGGUCAAGCCAUCAUUUUCACGAAUGAUCAUGAAAAGUAAGCAAUUUCGUGGAAAUAUUAUCUUGAUGAGGAUAAAGAAUAAUGUCUUCUCAGCCGUAUGCUGCUUCUCCAGAGCCUGCUAUUCCCUUUUUUCAGGUUGGUUAAUAAAAAAUAUAUUGACUUGUUUUAUGUUGCCAGGAAACACAGACUCUUGACUGGACACCUCCUCAGAAACUACUAGUGACCUGAGUGCAUAGCAUUGUUGUAAGGUUCAGCAUCAGGAGUAAUUAAUAUGUAAAGAAAUCUCUGACAAAUUGGUCAAAUUAUUGUAUCUAAUUCUGACUUUUUAUCUUUGCAGUCAGUGUUUGGACAGCCUGAUCAGAAGUAUGGAUUGUCUACAUUUUCUGGAUCAUAUGAAUCAGAUUCAGAGUCAAUUUUCAUGUGUAAACAUUCAAUUGAUUUAAGGGAUCUUUCUGAUGAAGAUCAUUCUGUUAUGUAUUACUCAUCAAUUGAAGACGAAAUUCUCAUUACACGAGAUUCUUCAAGUGAAGAUGAAGCUGGCAUGUCACGUGUUUCCUCUAUUGAAGAUGAAGAUGGCAUGUCACUUGUUUCCUCAAGUGAUCAUGAAAGUAAUAUAGGUGAUAAAUCAUCAACUGAGAUUGAUCAACAUAUGUCCACAACAGUGUCUCCCAAUUCCCUUUCAAACACUUCAUCAGAUGAAGGAGGAAUUUCUUUAGAUUCAUCCUCCGAAGACCUUCUUGAUGAAAUUGACCUCUCUCAGGAUAACAACAUAGACCAAGACCUUGAAUUAGUGAAUGCGAAACUGCCACCACCCAGAAAUAUCAACAGUUACAUUUUCUCUGAAGUAUGCAAUGGACGCAAAAUGAAAAGUAAAGCCACAAGUUUGUUAAGUGUUAAAAGUGCUCUAAAAGAAAAGUGUGUUUGUGGUCAGGGAUGCAUGAAAAACCUGAACUUUAAAACUGUCAGGGAUCUGAGAAAUGCCUUUUGGCUAAAUUCAAAGACAAUGAGAAUGCAGCUUCUUAGAUCUUAUAUAUUUAAUUCACACAAAUAUGGAAAAUACAGAUUUCUUAAAGUUGAACAAAUGAAGUUAUGUUCGAAAGCAUUUCGUAUAGUUCUACACAUAAAUAAAAACACAUUUUCCCGUGCCCUUCAAAUGAGUGAAAAAAACAUUGCGACUAUCCCUGGAAAAAAACCAAGAGACAUGUCUGAAAAGACACUUCAGUUAAUGAGUUGGCUGGAGGAAUAUUCAACAUAUCACGGAGACAGAAUGCCUGACACAUCAGAUAUACUUUUACCAUAUAGGACCAUCAAAAGUGACUUGUACUACAAGUAUGUUUCAGAAACCAGGCAUUACACAUCACCUGAAUAUUCCGUCAGCAGGGCACAGUUUUUUAAGACAUGGAAAAUGAAUUUUCCUCAUUUGAAAAUUAAAAAGACUAACUCCUUUUCAAAGUGUACGACAUGUACAACAUUAGAACGAAUGCUAGAAAAAACUGUGUGUAUACAAACAAGGGCAAAAUACAAGAAGCUAAAAGAUGAACAUAAUAUGAGACAAAUGCUAGAACGGAAGUAUUAUUACAAGAAAAGAGAUGCCAGUAGAAGGAAUCCAGAUGCAUAUAUGUCCUUGAUAAUUGAUGGAAUGGAUCAAUCCAAAACAAAUCUUCCACAUUUCACCGGCCGUUUACCAAAGAAUAUCAGGGAAACAGAUCUAUUGAAGACUCAUAUCACAGGGGUGAUAAAUCAUGGACAUGGUGGCUUUCAAACAUAUAUUGACCUUAAUGAGUAUCCUCAUGAUCCUAACCUCACUAUCAAUGUGCUGCUAAAGGUGUUGAAGAGAACUGCAGAACAACAGGGAAACCAACUUCCGCAAAUGCUUUAUAUUCAAGCAGACAACUGUGGCAGGGAAAAUAAAAAUCGCUAUAUGUUAGCAUUUUGUGAACUGCUGGUAACUGAAAGGAUUUUCAAUGAGGUACAUUUAUCUUUUCUAAUAGUUGGGCACACCCAUGAGGAUGUGGAUGCAGCUUUUAGUAAAGUGGCCGAUAAAUUGCGAAAAACAGAUGUUGAGACAGUUCAGAAAUUUAUAGAUCUAGUUGAUGGAAAGAUGUUGGACAACAUGUAUGAUGUAAAAAGCUGGCUCUCUCCAGAAAUAAAAUCGUUAACUGGUGUAAGUGGGCCCUUGCACUAUAAAUUUUGCAAAGCAGCAACAAAGACAGAUGGUUUUUAUAAAGGUGCCCAAAGUAAUUCAUGGAUUCCAAUGGAAUAUACUAUACUUAAAACCAUUCCAAAAAAUAAGCCCAAAACUUUAGCCCAGAUUAUUCAAACAUAG